AUGGACGGCAAUCCGGACCUCUACGGCCCCUUCUGGAUCGCCACAACAGUCGUAGUCAUUUUGUUCUUAACAGGCACAAUUAGCCACAAGCUAGCCACGGAAGGGCGGAAACAUUUCGAAUACGAUUUUCGACUGUUAAGCGGUGCCGCGGGCUUGGUUUACGGAUACACGAUGUUUGUGCCGCUGGCGCUGUGGGCGGCCUUACGCUGGUUCGGCGCCCAAAGUCUCGAACUGGUCGAGUGUUGGGCCUUGUACGGCUAUAGCAAUUUGUUCUGGAUCGCCGUGGCGCUGGUGUCGUGGUCACCGUUGAACGGGUUGAAUUAUGCUCUUGUCGGAUUGGGGUAUGCCGUCAGUGUGUUUUUCCUUGUGAAGAACCUGUUUCCUGUCAUUUCGGCCACGGAGAAGAAAGUCAGCCAGCUUCUUUUGCUUGCUGUCGUGCUGGCCCAUGCGGGGUUGGCUAUUGCUAUCAAGAUCUUGUUCUUCAGUCAUGGAAGUCCUGCGAAGGAUGACUAA